AACACUCACGCCCAUAAACACACUUGAUACGGGGUCUCAUUUGGCUUCAGUCAUCGUGUUGGCAUGAAUUCAGCAUCAUUUUCCUUAGAAUACGACUCCUUCCAGAUAACGAUUGCACAAUGCCCCACAGCAUCUCUGUGCUCUAUAUAUAUGCAGCUGACCUGUGGUCAGUACAACAGACUUCAGCACACCAGUUGACUUCUUACUGCCUAUCACUCGCUGUCAGCACACACGAACCCACAAUGAGCUACAUCUCAGAGCUUGAUGUGUCCCUGGAUAAAAAUGAGGAGAAAAACCUUAAAAUGCGAGGCUUCGAUGUAAUCGAUGGCAAUCUGAACGAAGGAGCAGGAGGAUGUGCCAGCCAUCUUUGGUCCAAACAUGGACCAUUGGCGAUCACCAAGGUUCAAGUUUCCUUCAACGAAGAGAUGGCUAAUGGUUUGAUCAAAGCAGGGUACAAAAAGAUCAACAAAGAUCUCAAUGCUGGAGUAGGAGGUAGUCCCCUCUACCUUUGGUACUCCCAAGGGUCCGGAGAGUUUGAUACUCCCAUAGUGGACAUUAAUGUCACUACAGAUUCAGCCAAUGAAGCUCAAAAGUUUGGUUUUGGUUGGGAGAGAGUGACCUGUGAUCUGAACCGCGGUGUUUGUGGGAACUGGAUCCACUUGUGGCUGAAGAGAGAGAAAGAAACCUACAUCUGUGACGUCACUGCCACUGAUUCCUUUGGGUCAGACAUCGACCUCUUUAAGAAUGGCUACAUCCGUUUGGAUGAAGAUACUAACAGAGGUGCAAGAGGAGCCUCUGUCUUCAUCUGGUACCGCCAGACCACCGACCCAGAGAAGGCAGUCAAAGAAAUACAAGUCUCCGUCAAGGCUGAUCAGUAUCUGGAAUAUCAGCAGCAAAAUUACGACCCAGUGGUUGUUGACCUGAAAAAAGGGACCGGAGGGAACCAAGUGUUCCUGUGGUACAAGAAAGAAGGAUCCAGCCCAAUGAAGGCCAUCGGCCUGCUUCUCAACAAAGAUGCGUUUGAAGAAUAUCCGAAAGCUGGUUUCAAACUUGUCAAGCGCAAUCUCAACGAGGGCACCAAUGGAUGGGUUGAGUACCUGUGUGUCUAGUGGCCUGUGAUCUGAACCGCAGGGCUGAGGGGAACUGGAUCCACGUCUGGCUGAAGAGAGAGAAACAAACCUACAUCUGUGACGUCAUUGCCACUGAUUCCGUUGGGGCAGACAAAGACCACUUUAAGGAUGGCUACAUCCGUGUGGAUGAAGAUGCUAACAGAUGUGCAGGAGGAGCCUCUGUCUUCAUCUGGUACCGCCAGACCACCGACCCCGAGAAGGCACUCAAAGAUCUGCAAGUCUCCAUCAAUGAUGAUCAGUAUCUGAGCUAUCAGCAGC